AUAAAUAAAAAGUAACUGUCAAAUGCGCGCCUCAUUUAAUAAGAGCAAUCAGUCCGGCUCCGGGAGUCAUGGCGACCACAGCGUCCAAUCAUUACAAUAUCCUCACAUCCAGCUCGUCCAUCGCGCACUCGGAGCCCGGGAGCAUGCAGCAGGCGACCGCGUACAGGGACGCGCAGAGCCUGUUGCAGAGCGACUACGCGGUGCACGGCAACGGUCACCCGCUCAGCCACGCGCACCAGUGGAUAAGCGCGCUGUCACACGGGGACGCGGCGCCGUGGUCCUCCAGCCCACUGAGCGAGCAGGACGUAAAGCCCGCGGUGCAGAGCGCCAGAGACGAGCUGCACGGCUCGAGCGGACUGCAGCAUCAGUCGCGCCUGUCUCAUCCCGUGCACCAGCCGCAUGGGAACCAUCAUGACGCAAGGGCAUGGAGAACGAGCACGACGGCUCACACGCCCAGCAUGGCCACCACGAACGCGCAGACCCUCGUCUACUCUCAGCCCGGAUUUAGCGUGAACGGCCUGAUCCCGGCCAGCGGACAGGGGAUGCACCAUCACGCCCUCCGGGACGCCCACGAAGACCACCACAGCCCGCACCUGAGCGACCACGGCCACCAGCCCUCGCAGCAGCACCAGCAGCAGCAGCAGCAGAGCCACCACGACCACUCGGACGAGGACACGCCGACCUCGGACGACCUGGAGCAGUUCGCCAAGCAGUUCAAGCAGAGGCGCAUCAAGCUGGGCUUCACGCAGGCGGACGUGGGGCUGGCCUUGGGGACCCUCUAUGGGAAUGUGUUCUCUCAGACCACCAUCUGCAGGUUCGAGGCUCUGCAGCUCAGCUUUAAAAACAUGUGCAAACUCAAGCCUUUGUUGAACAAGUGGUUGGAGGAGGCGGACUCCACCUCCGGGAGCCCCACGAGCCUGGACAAGAUCGCAGCGCAGGGCAGGAAGAGGAAAAAGCGGACCUCCAUAGAGGUAAGCGUGAAAGGGGCUCUGGAGAGCCAUUUCCUCAAGUGCCCCAAGCCGGGGGCGUCGGAGAUUACUUCGCUGGCGGACAGUCUUCAGCUGGAGAAGGAGGUUGUCAGGGUUUGGUUUUGUAACAGGCGGCAGAAGGAGAAACGCAUGACGCCGCCCGGAGGAGCGCUCCCUGGAAGCGAGGAUGUGUUUGGGGACACACCGCCACAUGGUGGGGUCCAGACCCCGGUGCCGUGAACAAACACCCACACACACACAUACACACACACACACACACACACACACACACACGCAGACACAGAGAGAAAGACCCGCAGAGAAACACAAGACGCACCACUCGGCGCUGAUUGUCUCGUUUCGUCUCUGCUGCGCCAAGCGGCGGACUUCCC